GAAACAGAGGUGCGAUUGCGAUUGCGAUUUGGUGCGACCACAAAUCUCUCUCUAUAUAACUAACGGUGGACAAGCCGAGCUUUUAGCGCCAUCGUGUUUCCUUCUCUGUUCAGAUCUACGCGUUAUAGGAAGCAAUUUCUUUCAUAGAUAGUAAAUCUAAUAUUUGAUUGUCUUUGAUGGGGACUGUUGUUGAUCAAGCAAAGAAAUCAGAAGUGAAUGGAAAGUCACUGGCAGAGAAGAAUGUCACAGUUGUCUUUGUUUUGGGUGGCCCUGGUAGUGGAAAAGGCACUCAAUGUACAAAUAUUGUAGAAACAUUUGGUUUCACCCAUCUCAGUGCUGGUGAUCUUCUUCGAGCCGAAAUUAAAUCUGGUUCUGAAAAUGGGACAAUGAUACAGAACAUGAUCAAAGAGGGUAAAAUUGUACCUUCAGAAGUUACAAUUAAGCUUCUCCAGAAGGCUAUGCUGGAAGAUGCAAAUAACAAGUUUCUCAUUGAUGGUUUUCCUCGUAAUGAGGAAAACCGGGCAGCUUUUGAAUUAGUUACUGGAAUAUCACCUGCAUUUGUGCUGUUUUUUGAUUGUCCCGAAGCAGAGAUGGAAAGGCGUCUUUUGGGUCGCAAUCAGGGAAGAGAAGACGAUAAUAUUGACACAAUAAGGAAACGUUUCAAAGUUUUCCUAGAGUCUAGCUUGCCUGUUAUUGAGUACUACGACUCUUUGGGCAAGGUUCGAAAGAUUAAUGCCGCAAAACCAGUUGAUGAGGUUUUUGAAGAUGUUAAAUCAGUUUUUACCACUAUUUAAAAAGGUGGGUUCAUAUUUUCUACAUGAGGGAUGUAUGAGCUUUAGAAAACCUUUUACAAUAUCUUAUGGUGCCAUAAGAAAGAGUGUGUCUGUUUGUCUACAUGUCUGUCUGUUUGUUACUUUUGCUUUGCAUACACAAUAAGAGAAAUAAAUAAAAUUCCCCCAUUUUAUCA